AUGACGGACGCCAACGCGCCCGAGGAGACGGAGAUCGAGGUCAUCACGGCCGAGGAGACCACGCAGGAGUUCGACAUCGGCGAGGCCCCGCAAGACGACGAUGAGGACGCCAUGGAGGACGUGGACGACGACGGCAAGAUCUCGGCGGAGGACGCCGACGUGCGCGACGACGCCGAGAUGGUUUUCAACAAGCACUCGGGCCCCGUGUACUCAGUCAAGGUGAACCCGGUGGACCCGCGUAUCGUCAUCACUGGCGGAGGCGACGAUGUUGCGGUCAUCUGGAACCGUGAGGACGGCAACGUGCUGUACACGCUGUCGGGCCACCAGGACUCCGUCGUGAGCGUGGACUUCAGCUUUGACGGCAAGUACGCGGCCACUGGCGGCUACGACGGUGUUGUUAAGAUCUGGGACGUCGCUACCGGCAACUUGGUGCAGAACCUGGAGGGACCCUCGCAGGAGGUCGAGUGGGUCUGCUGGCACAAGAAGGGCAACGUGGUGCUGGCGGGGUCUGGCGACGGCACGGUGUGGAUGUGGCUGGCCACGACGGGCGAGUGCAUGCACGUGUUUGCCGGACACGAGGACGGCGUUACGUGCGGAUCGUUCACGGGCUCUGGAAAGAUGAUCGUGACUGGCAGCACUGAUGCGACUGUGCGUGUGUGGAACCCCAAGACGGGCGAGUGUAACCACGUCUUCCGAGGCCACGGCUUCCACGAGGGUCAUGUGACGUUUGUCGCCAGCCACCCCAGUCAACCCCUGGUGCUGUCGGGAUCGCAAGAUGGCACUGCCCGCCUCAUCCAAAUUCAGACGAAGCGUGUGCUCGCUACGCUCUCUCACGAUGGCGUUGACGCUAGCAUCGCUGGAACUGUCAACGACACCUCGACUUCAACGGAGAACUCGGUGGAGUGCGGUGGAUUCUGCAACACGAUGAACUGGGCUGCCACUGGCUGCCUCGGUGGAUACUUGCGCAUCUGGGACUUGGCGACGAAUCAGUGCCGCCACGUUUGCCGCCACCCUGCGGGUGUGAUCAAGCUCCUGUGGCACCACACGCUGCCGAUUGUAUACUCGUCCACUGUGGAGGGUCUGCUCUACGUCUGGGAUGCCCGGACAGGACAGCUCAUGAAGACGCUGGCUGGACACACUGACAUGGUGCUGGAUAUGACCUUUAUCCCCGCCUUCGAGGGCAACCCUGUCGCUGGGCUUCUUACGGCGAGUGACGACGAGUCUGUGCGACUCUUUCGCGUGGACAACUAGGCGAAGGUGUUAAACAGGAAUUCAACACGCUCUCAUUGACUUGC